UAAAAUGUAAGAUGUUUUUGCCAAUACGGAAAUUUAAAACCCCACCGUAUGUACGACAAAUAGUUUAUUUCUUAUUGUUCACCGAAGCGAUACAGGAAGUCAUUUUACAGACUGCUACAUCUUAACAGAGGGAUUAUUUUAAUCCAAACAAUAUUUGAAGAGUUGUCCCUACAAUGGAUGAUAAACAACCGAUCGUUGACUCACAACCGGAUGAGUACCAGCAGGCACAACCUGCUUACCAAUUAACACCGCCUGUUGGGCACCAACAAGGACAUGUGGUAACAGUGCAAGCACAGCCCGUCGAGUUCCAGCAAGGAACUGUGAUAACGGUUCAACCAGGGUUUGGUACCGACCAGGGGAAGCUUCUUAUUCCUUUGGCUGGUAACAGAGCCUGGUCGUCUGGUCUCUUUGACUGUUUCGAGGACAUAUCCAACUGUUUAUUUAUUGCAUUCUGCACACCCUGUGCACAGAGCCAGAUUGCCAGUCGUAUGGGCGAGAAUUGUUGUGUAACAUGUUGUGUCCCCGGUGCCAUGAUAGCACUUAGGCAAAAAUUGCGGACGCUUGGUGGAAUACAAGGUACACUUUUUAAUGACUGCUUAGUGCUUUCAUGCUGCGGCCAAUGUGCUUUGUGUCAGAUGAAGAGAGAAAUGAAUAUCAUGGGGAUCAUGUAACUGUUGUGUUAUACCAGAGAACCAAUGUAGAGGGUUUACCGGUGGAAUUAAAUAAAAUCUUUGCUUUAUGAUUAAGAUAAUUGUGUGAUAUACUUCAUUUCUGAAAAAUCCUCAGUGAAAGAAGAAACUAACAUAAAUAAUAAUACAAAUGUAGAUACAAGAACUUCAUACCACAUGAAGUAAGUCAACAAGCACUAAUUUUCUGGCCAGGAAUUGUCGAUUUUCAAUUUUCAGACAACCAGUUCUACACUUUACCUACAAUAUAGAAGUGGCAUCUAAUUCUGUAUACCAUUUGUGGCAUUCAGUUUCUAAGGAACACAAAUGUCAUUGUUUGACUUUUGGUUACCGCUUUUAUGUGAAAAGAAAUUGUUACCUUACAAAUGUAUAUUUUAUCGCACAGAAAAUUAGA